AGUUUUUAAAUUAAUUGUUUUUACCAUCAAAUUUAAGAGAGAGAGAGAGAGAGAGAGAGAGAGAGAGAGAUUGAAGUAUGAAGUUUCACACAUUUUUCUCCAAACAGGGGACACGUUGCCUUGCUGAUAAACAGAGGACGGCACCGAAUCCCAUUGACUUCCUCCUUGUUUUCUUUCACUUCUCUUAUCCAUCUAUAUAUACCACUAUUUAUACAGCAAUCAACAAGUACUUUCCACAAUCGACCCUACAUCUUCUGUCUCAACUUUCUCUGUUCCCAAUCAUCCCCAUAUCUCUCUCUCUACAAUUCAAUCUCUCUCUCUCUCUCUCUACAUAUAUAUAUUAGAAAAGGUUGUAAAGGUACUAGUUAGCUGGAAUAUUAGAGACAGUACCAUGGGAAGAUCACCUUGCUGUGAGAAGAAUGGACUGAAGAAAGGUCCAUGGACCUCAGAAGAAGAUCAGAAGCUCAUUGAUUUUAUUCAGAAGAAUGGUUAUGGAAAUUGGAGGACACUUCCAAAAAAUGCAGGGCUGCAAAGGUGUGGAAAGAGUUGUCGUCUUCGAUGGACAAAUUAUCUGAGGCCUGACAUCAAAAGAGGCCGAUUCUCAUUUGAAGAAGAAGAAACAAUAAUUCAACUCCAUAGCAUAUUGGGAAACAAAUGGUCAGCCAUUGCGGCUCGUUUGCCGGGAAGGACAGACAAUGAGAUCAAGAACUACUGGAACACGCACAUUAGGAAGAGGCUUCUCCGAAUGGGGAUUGAUCCGGUUACACACAGUCCUCGUCUCGACCUUCUUGACCUCUCCUCAAUUUUGAGCUCAUCACUCUACAAUCCAUCUCAGAUGAAUGUUUCAAGGUUUUUAGGUCAUGUCCAACCCCUAGUGAACCCCGAGAUACUAAGGCUAGCCACUUCUCUCCUACAAUCUCAGCGCGAAAAUCCGAACUUUCUCCUCCAAAAUGGUCAAGAAAACCAGCUCUACAAUCCCCAAAUCCAGAACCAAUUGCCUCCAUUGGUUCAACCUAGCCAAGUUCAAGAACCAUUUCAAGAAUGUGUUCCAUUUCCUAAUGAGUCCCAACUCAUGGAACCAAAUGUUGAGCCAUUUUCGUCAACUCUUUCGGACUUUAACUCCCAAAGUUGUCUAUUAAAUGAGUGGCAAAACAAUGGAUUAGAAGACUGCUUUGCUCUACCGAACUAUGGCUAUUAUGACUACUCCAAUCAAAGCAUCAUGGACCCUCCUCAAUCCGACAACUCGAAUUUUCAGUCCAACAGCAGCAAUAACUUCAGCUUCCCGUCGGUUUUAUCGACGCCUUCAUCGAGUCCGACGCAGUUGAAUUCGACUUCCACGACGUAUAUCAACAGCAGCAGCACAGAAGACGAGAGAGAAAUUAGCUACUGCAGCAACAUGAUGAUGAAGUUUGAAAUCCCAGAUUUUUUUGAUGUUAAUGAAUUCGAUCAUGUAAUUUGAAAAAAAAAAAAAAAAAAAAAAUCAAACUGAUCAGUGAUUUAAUUUUUAGCUUUGUUGUUGUUUAAUUUCUUGUAAAAUUUGUUGCAAUUUUCAUAACCUCAAUGAAUCGGGAAGAAAAUCGUCCUGUGUUUUUUUUCUUUUUUAUUCAA